ACCCGCCGGAGUGGCUUCUCUUCCCCACAAUGCAUUGCGCGCCAGUCCCUCUCUCACACCUGCAAAAGCGAGUAGCAUCCCGCCGGUGAACAUGUCGGACAAAAAACAAACCGUCGACCUGGGCUUACUGGAGGAAGACGAUGAGUUUGAAGAAUUCCCAGCCGAAGAUUGGACGGGGCUGGAUGAGGACGAAGACGCCCACGUUUGGGAAGACAACUGGGAUGAUGACAACGUGGAGGAUGAUUUCUCCAACCAGUUAAGAGCGGAGCUGGAAAAGCACGGCUACAAGAUGGAGACAUCGUAGUGGCUGACCGUUUUUUGGACACCCCUUGGAUAAUACGGACAUUUCUAUGUGAAUAUUACAGGUUGACCACAAAAGAGGAGGAAGGACGACGUUUCAUGUGUUCAUUUGUUUCUUUUUGUAAGAGCUGCUGAUGGAAGUAAAAUGUUUAGAGAAA